GGGUGUAUAGAACAACAACACAUGUACCACAAGAAUUAGGACAGAUCAUGGAUUCAGAAACAUUUGAAAAAUCUCGUCUGUAUCAGCUGGACAAAAGUACUUUCAGCUUUUGGUCAGGCCUGUACUCAGAGGUGGAGGGCACUAUGAUUCUCCUCUGUGGAGGAAUUCCUUUUCUCUGGAAUCUGUCUGGUCAGAUCUCUGGUCGUGCUGGGUUUGGACCAGAAUAUGAGAUUGUUCAGUCAUUGGUAUUUCUGCUGCUUGCUACACUCUUCAGUGCAGUGACCGGCCUCCCGUGGAGUUUAUAUAACACGUUUGUCAUAGAAGAGAAGCACGGCUUCAAUCAGCAGGUGCUUGUUACAAUCUAUGCAGACUAUAUUGCACCUUUGUUUGAUAAAUUCAUUCCACUUCCUGAGGGAGAGCUCAAGCAACAAAUCGAAACAAUGGCAAAGAGCAUUGACUUCCCACUGACUAAGGUGUAUGUUGUUGAAGGUUCUAAGCGUUCUUCUCAUAGCAAUGCAUAUUUCUAUGGAUUCUUCAAGAAUAAGCGGAUAGUACUCUUCGACACCCUCCUGGAAGAUUAUUCUGCGUUGAACAAAGAGCCAGCAGAAGGAGAAGAUGGUGAGAAUGAAGAGACAAAGACUAAAAACAAAAAUAAGAAACAAGGAUGUAAAAAUGAAGAAGUUCUGGCUGUACUUGGUCAUGAAUUGGGUCACUGGAAACUAGGUCACACUGUCAAAAAUAUUAUCAUCAGCCAGAUGAAUUCCUUCCUCUGCUUCUUCUUGUUUGCUGUGUUAAUUGGUCGAAAAGAACUCUUUGCUGCAUUUGGGUUCUAUGACACCCAGCCGACCCUGAUAGGCUUGAUGAUUAUUUUCCAGUUCAUUUUUUCACCUUACAAUGAGGUUCUCUCAUUUUGUUUGACUGUGUUAAGCCGACGAUUUGAGUUUCAAGCAGAUGCAUUUGCCAAGGAACUUGGGAAGGCCAAAGACCUAUAUUCUGCUUUGAUCAAGCUAAACAAAGAUAAUUUAGGAUUCCCUGUUUCUGACUGGAUCUUUUCAAUGUGGCACUACUCGCAUCCGCCCCUCUUAGAAAGACUUCAGGCCUUGAAAGAUACAAAGCAAGAGUGACAGGAAUCAUUGUUGGUUCAGAGACAGCGCUUCCAUCUCAGAAGCAAAGUUCAGAGCUGCUUUUUAAUUUCUUUUUAAAAAUGGAUAAUGCCAAUUAAGUGCAAUGUUAACAACAACACAGAUCUGAGAAUCCUGAAACAGGUAUUAAGUUAUAAAUUACUUUUUAUAACAAAAACAAAACUGUGGAACUUAGUUUAGAAAAAGUUCACUGGGCGAAGACUUUCCCCACACACACUGGCUUUUAUCUCCAUA